GAGCCGAGCGCGAGGACGGUCACCUCAGCUUUGAAGAAUCUGAGGUGAUUAAAAUGUCUAAUUAAAACAGCUUCCUUGGUUUUAAAUUACGUGACAAGUCGCUCUUUCUGGUCUUUAACGCGCCGUGAACGUUUGAGUGCAUGAUCUGAGUCCUCCGGAGAUUCAAAUGGCUUGCUGUCUGAAGGACGAGCUUGUGUGUUCCAUUUGUUUGAGCAUUUAUCAAGACCCGGUGAGUUUCGGCUGCGAGCACUACUUCUGUCGUAAGUGCAUCACUGAGCACUGGAGCAGGCAGGAACAUCACGUGGCGCGGGACUGUCCUGAGUGCAGGAGGACCUUCACGGAUCCCCUGCUGUCCCCGAGUCUGAAGCUCUCCAACAUCGUGGAGAGGUACGCAGCGUUCCCGCUGGAUGCCAUCCUGAACGCACAGAGAAACUCGUACCCGUGCAAGGAUCAUGAAAAGGUCAAGCUCUUCUGUCUGAGCGACAAGAGCCUGGUGUGUUUCUUCUGCGAUGAGCCUGCUUUGCACGAACAGCACCAAGUGACGACCGUUGACGAUGCCUAUGAGGAAAUACAGAGAGAGAUGAAGGAGCAGCUGGCAAUGCUUCAGGACAGCGAGAAGGGUCACACGGAAGCUCUGCAGCUACUGCAGAGACAGCUCACAGAAACCAAGUCAUCAGCAAAGAGCCUCCGCGCCACAAUCGGUGAUGCCUUCGAGCGGCUGCAUCGCUUCCUGCGGGAGCGGCAGAAGAGCAUGCUGGAAGAACUGGAGGCGGACACGGCUCGCACGCUUUCCGACAUCGAGCACAAGAUCCAGCGGUACAGCCAGCAGCUCCGUGACGUCAAGGAAGGAAUACAGAUCCUCCAGGAGCGACUGAGCGAGACCAGCCGCCACGAGUUCCUGGAAGGAAUCGCGCUCACCUCUGACAGGGAGCAAGUCAUUCGUGGAGGGUAUUGCUGGUGGAAGCUAACAAGGAUCAAAGGAAAAAUCCAUGAAACGAAUCUGACGUAUGAAGACUUUCCCACAUCCAAAUAUAUGGGGCCGCUGCAGUACACUAUUUGGAAAUCUCUUUUUCAGGAUAUCUCACCAGUGCCUGCUGCAUUAACCAUGGACCCCAUCACUGCUCAUCAGAGGCUCAUACUGUCAGACGACUGCACCAUAGUUGCCUAUGGAAACCUGCAUCCACAGCCUCUGCAGGAUUCGCCGCGUCGUUUCGAUGUCGAGGUAUCCGUCCUGGGGGCUGAGGGCUUCUCCGGAGGCGUCCACUAUUGGGAAGUCAUGGUGUCUGAGAAAACCCAGUGGAUGAUCGGCGUGGCCAACGAGACUGUAAAUCGCAAGGGAAGCAUUCAGAUCCAACCCAGCCGAGGCUUCUACUGCAUUGUAAUGCACGACGGUAAUCAGUACAGCGCUUGCACCGAGCCCUGGACACGCCUCAACGUAAAGAGCAAGCUGGAGAAAGUGGGCGUCUACUUGGACUACCCUAAAGGUUUGCUGGUUUUCUACAAUGCCGACGACAUGUCCUGGCUCUACACAUACCGCGAGAAGUUUCAAGCGAAACUUUUUCCAUACUUCAGCCCUGGUCAAAGUCACGCCAACGGAAAGAACGUGCAGCCCUUGCGAAUCAACACCGUUCGUUUAUAGGAACAGAGUCAGCACUAGUUUUGUGGGGGGAAAAUAAAAUGGAAAAACUGUGUAAUAAACUUUGUUCUCCCAGCUUACUUAAAGGCAUUUGGGAGAAUUGGGGGUGGGGGGCGAAUGAAGUUAUCAGGCUGAUGGAUGUGCCGUGAGGCUCUGUGAAUGCCUGGAGUGGGAACUUGAAGAGUAAAUAAAAUUGAGGGCCUUGCACUUUUCUGAGAGAGCUGCCUAUGGGUGUUUUGUACAUUUUAGUGUUGCCGGUCAUUUGUAAUCUUGCCAUGGCCUUCUUGCUUGACCAAGAUUUCCCAGCUGCUUGCAGACAAUACCCCGGCUUAUAUCCCCCCCGAGCCCCUGCCGGGUUCAAACGCUCCUAUUUUCAUUGCUCUAGUCUGGGAAAGAGCUUAUCUGUUGUGCAGACAGAAAUAUCAAAUGUGUCGCCCCCUUUCAUUUUGCUCAAAUGGCUUUGGCGUUUUUGUGGAUCGUGUCCAGCGUUGUACUGACACAGGUUAACUCCUAAACCAGUGAGGUGGUACAGUACGAUCACUUUCUUUCCUGUUAGCUGCAUGAAUGGUAAUGGGGAUAUUUUGUUCCUCAGGUCACGUUUAUCCACAGCUGUGAUGUGUUUGACUUUGCCGAUGUUCUGCAGUAUGUUAAGAGUGAGUUGCGUGUUUUUGUGUGCGUGUGUUCUGUUAGGUUUGAUGACACCGUGGUUUUAUUUUAUUCCCUUCUAGAUUUGGAGCUGUGCUAAAGGGGCUCGUAUGCCACUAAUGUAUCCGCUGCUAUGUUAAAGGGUCAUGACUUUGCGCAUUUCUACAUAUGGCACUAUAUUGGUAAUGAGUGCAUCCUCUUCGUUUUUCCUUAGCAUGGUAUUGCUUCUAUUUAUUCAUUCUGAUCUUACUUUCUAGAACAUUCCAGUGUUCAGGGUCUUCUGCCACUACUGGGACAUCUCGACUCUGGGUUGAGGUGAUAGCCCGUCCAUCAACUUUAACACAUCUGGUGAUAAUUGUGUAAGAUGGCGACAUUUCCAUCGGAAGAGACCACAUUUUUCUUUGGCAAUCAAUUUAAUUUCCCUUGUAAAUAAUGAGCGCAGUUAAUAUCAGGAAGAGUUUUUUAAAAUAUGAUAUAUUACAUUUUUACAGUGCAUAUAUAUAUAGUUUUAAAUGGAGAUGCUUUAUUUAUGUCUCAGAAUGCAAUGGUUCUCAAUUGCAGGGAUGGCGACACUAUGAACCCAACACGCUUUUACUUUUACAACAGUCUUUAUCACUGUGUUCCCGGUUUCUGACUGAGCAAUACAUCCUGAUGGGAAAAAUCUUCUGUGUGGACCGGCUUUAAAUCCAUCCAUAUUUUAGUCUGGACAUUAACUUUUCCCACUUCUGUUGGGUUAUGAUGCACUUGUCGUUCGUGGUGUUAAAGGGUAAAGGCAGUUUUUUUGGUGGGGACAUUUAUGACAGACCUCAGUGCAGUCUGUAGCACACAUGAUUGCGAAGCAGACCGAUUAUUAUUGUGAGGUGGUGGGUUCUUUAAGGUAUAUAGUUACACAUUUCUGAAGAUUGUUGAUGUUGUUCAUGGUGAAAAUGAUGAUUUGUGUGAUUG